UUUUGCUAGUAGACGUAUUGACAGAGAAUUACUUACUUAUUAGGCACCACAAUUCUCAAGUAUAUUAUCCAAGAGCUGAAAAAGAAACCUCAAACACUCUUCUCUAGCUUACACUCAAGUAUUACCAUUCUCCAUCAAAACCCCUCCACCAAAAUGUUGAAGCCUGGAAUUCAGCAAUCACAGUACAGUUCCAAAACUUGCCUCUUCCUAUUACACAAGUCAUUCAUCCAUGGCAAUAAUGGCAGUGCUUCACUUCCAAUCUGGUCAAAACCCUCAUUCAUAAAAAAACACAUAAACAUUCACACUGGCUUUAUUCCUUGCAACAUAAAAGCUGUAGCUAGCACUGCCACCGAGAAGUCCAUUAAAGUUAAAGCCGUUGUGACUGUACAACCCACGGUUCGUGGAUUUUUGUCAAACCUUGGGAUACAACGAGGGCUGGAUGAUAUAAAAGAUUUACUUGGUAAAACACUCCUGCUGGAACUAGUUAGCGCUGAGCUUGAUCCAGAGACGGGAUUAGAGAAGGAUACAAUUGAAGGUUAUGCUCACAAGGUGGGGCGUGGAGAUAAUGGGGUUAGGUAUGAGACAAUUUUUGAAGUUCCAAUUGAUUUUGGAGAGGUUGGUGCUGUCUUGGUUGAAAAUGAGCACCACAGAGAGAUGUUCCUUGAAGAUAUUGUCAUUGAUGGGUUGCCUUGUGGCCCCGUAAGUGUGACAUGUCGCUCUUGGGUUCACUCAAAGUUCGACAGUCCAGUGAAGAGGGUAUUUUUCACCAACAAGCCAUACUUGCCAUCACAAACACCUAGUGCAUUGAGGAGGCUAAGAGAAGAAGAACUAAGGAAUUUGCGAGGUAAUGGGGAAGGAGAGCGCAAACACUUUGAGAGGAUAUACGAUUAUGAUGUGUACAAUGAUAUUGGAGACCCUGAUAAGAGCCUUGAACUUCAAAGACCAGUAUUUGGUGGCGAAGAGUACCCGUAUCCCAGGCGUUGCAGGACAGGGCGCCCUAGAUGUGAAGCAGAUGAACUGUCAGAGAAAAAGAGUAGCAGGUUUUAUGUACCUCGAGAUGAAUGCUUCUCAGAGAUAAAGCAACUAACUUUUUCAGCGAAGACCUUGUACUCAGUGUUGAAAGUAUUGGUCCCAUCCUUGGGGAAAACGAUAGAUAAGGACCUUGGAUUCCCAUACUUCACAGCAAUAGACUCGCUUUUCACUCAAGGAGUUGAUUUGGUGUCGGAAGAAAACCAACAAGGGUUUCUCAAAGCCAUCAUGCCUAGACUUGUAAAAUCCAUCGCUGACAAAGGAGGAGCUGUGCUGCACUUUGAGAUCCCAGAUACAAUGAGCAGGGACAAAUUCUUUUGGUUUAGGGAUGAGGAAUUCGCUCGACAAACUCUUGCUGGUCUCAACCCAUAUAGCAUACAGUUGGUCACGGAAUGGCCAUUGAAGAGUGCACUUGACCCAGAGAUCUAUGGCCCACCAGAAUCAGCCAUCACCACGGAAAUGAUUGAGGAAGAAAUUGGAGGUAUAAUGAGUGUCGACCAGGCCAUAAAACAAAAGAAGUUGUUCAUACUAGAUUACCAUGACUUACUAUUACAAUUCGUCAGCAAAGUAAGACAGAUUGAAGGCACUACACUUUAUGGUUCACGAGCAUUGUUCUUCCUAAACAAAGAUGGCACUUUGAGACCAUUGGCUAUUGAGCUGACUCGGCCACCUAUGGAUGGAGAGCCGCAGUGGAAGCAAGUUUUUAGACCUUCUUGGAAUUCAACAGAUGUCUGGCUUUGGAGGAUUGCUAAAGCUCAUGUCCUUGCUCAUGAUUCUGGCUAUCACCAACUCGUCAGUCACUGGUUAAGAACUCAUUGUGUAACAGAACCUUAUGUAAUUGCGACAAAUAGGCAACUUAGUGGGAUGCAUCCAAUCUAUGCAUUAUUGCACCCUCAUUUUCGUUACACCAUAGAGAUCAACGCUCUUGCUAGAGAAGCACUUAUCAAUGCAGGUGGCAUCAUUGAAUCCGCAUUCACUCCAGGCAAAUAUUCCAUGGAGAUUUGCUCUGCCGCCUAUGCACUCCAGUGGCGGUUUGAUCAACAGUCACUCCCUGCUGACCUAAUUACCAGGGGAAUGGCUGUUGAGGAUCCAACUGCUCCUCAUGGCCUAAAACUAGCAAUUGAAGACUAUCCCUUUGCUAAUGACGGUCUCAUCCUUUGGGAUGCUAUCAAAACAUGGGUCACUGACUAUGUCAACCACUACUAUCCAGACCCUAGCCUUGUAGAGUCUGAUCAAGAGCUCCAAGCAUGGUGGACAGAGAUUCGAACUUUAGGUCACGCUGACAAGAAAGAUGAACCGUGGUGGCCAGUCCUCAAAACCCCAAAAGACCUAAUCAACAUCCUCACAACAAUGGUAUGGGUGACCUCUGGUCACCAUGCAGCGGUGAACUUUGGACAAUAUGCUUAUGGAGGUUACUUCCCAAACCGACCUACUAUUGCUAGAACCAAUAUGCCCACAGAAGACCCUUCUGAUAAAGAAUGGGAAACCUUUUUGAAGAAACCUGAACGUGCAUUAUUACAAUGCUUCCCUUCACAACUUCAAGCAACAAGAAUAAUGGCUGUUUUAGACAUAUUGUCUAAUCAUUCACCGGAUGAGGAGUAUCUUGGAGAGAAGAUUGAGCCUUCUUGGGCUGAAGAUCCAGUCAUAAAAGCUGCCUUUGAAAAGUUUCAUGAGAGUUUGAAGGAGCUUGAAAGGAUUAUUGAUGAAAGAAAUUCCAACAGUAGGUUUAAGAAUAGAAACGGAGCUGGGAUUGUGCCCUAUGAACUUUUGAAGCCAUUUUCUCAGCCUGGUGUGACUGGAAAAGGAGUACCAUAUAGCAUCUCCAUUUGAAUUUGAAAUGUGCAUUUUAUAGUUUCAAACUUAGUGGUGCUUAAUGGAAAAACCUGAACAAUAAAAUUUGGGAUAACUUGUAAUAUUCAAAUGCCUCGAUCACAAUGGUUCAUUAACGCGAGUUUCUAGACAAGGUUUGAAGCUUAUAAUCAA